AUGUUUAAUCCUAGCGGGCUAUUAUCCCAAUGGUCCAGUCUGCUCUUCAAAUCUCGGAAUGUCAAACUUGACGAAGAAAAAGUAACCCAACAUGCUACACACCCCAUCACUCUGCUUGGAAACAUCAGCCUCAUUCUCUUAGAACAGGCUGCUCUCCGAGAAAGCCAAGUAUUCUCCCAAAUAUCUGAGAUAUGCUCAACGUCACCCAAUUAUGGAGGGCUUGGACUGAAGCAAGACGAGCAAGCGACUGGAGACGAUAUACAUGAGAUCACCUUUCUUAUUUCCGCUUGGCUAGAAGCGCUGAACUCGGAUGAUCGAAAGAAAUCCCUAGGACAGAGUGUCCAGCAAACAGCCGCAAAAGAUAGACCACCGAUGACUGUCACAGAAAAGAUUUUUGCCAUGCAUGCCGUCGAUUCCAAAGGCUACGUCAGAACCGGUGAGACGAUACGAGUAUCCUUAGACUGGAUCAUGGCUUCGGAAGCAUCUUGGGCGGGUAUGGAAGGCACAUAUAACCGCUUGGGAAGUCCAGGAAUUUUCCGCAACGACCGUUUCUGGCUUGCCGGAGACCACGUCGUGGAGCCGAGAGUCAAAGGUGUUCCAGCUGUUCAGAAGCUCAUCGAGUCGUCUGAAAAAGCCCGUAAAGUCUUCAAAAUGACAGAAUAUCAAGGAAUGAAUUAUACUAUUAUGCAUACCGAAUUUUUUAGAGAGCGCGCUCAGCCAGGUAUGCUCAUCAUUGGCUCAGAUUCCCACACAUGCUCCUCCGGUGCGGUUGGCUGCCUUGCCAUUGGACUUGGAGCCGCAGAUGUCACAAUGGGUCUCAUUACCGGAGAAACAUGGUUCAAGGUGCCUGAGGUCGUAAAGAUCGAGUUCAUUGGAGAGCCGAGUCGUGGUAUCGGCGGCAAAGAUGUCAUUUUAUAUGUACUGCAGCAACUCAAGCGAAACACAGUCGCAUCAGAUCGCAUCGUGGAGUAUACAGGAACCGGCCUCAACUACCUCUCCCCAGAUGCGCGUUUUGCCAUUGCCAAUAUGACAACUGAACUUGGAGGCAUUACAGGAAUCUUCACUCCUGAUCACAUAACUAAAGGAUUUAUCGAUGGAAGAAAGCUGGCGCGGCAUAAGAAUGCAUCGCAUUACUUUCGCCCGGACAAGGGUGCGGCAUAUGCUGAAUCACAUAUUAUCGAUCUGUCCAAGGUUGAGUCAUUCGUGGCUAAAUAUCCGAAUCCUGAUGACGUUGUUCCAAUGACGGAUGUUCUGGGCAUGAAGCUGGACGGAUGUUUUAUUGGAGCUUGUACCACGGCAGAGGAAGAUAUUAUUCUCGGCGCAUUGGUCUUAGAACAGGGGCUACAGAUGGGGCUCUCUCCGCUGAAAGAUGGCAAGAAGCGAAAAGUGGUACCCGGAUCCCUUCCUAUUCUCGAUAGGUUGCGGAACUUGGGGCUCGCGCAAAUAUAUGAAGACGCCGGCUUUGAAAUCGGCGUUCCAGGAUGCAGCUACUGCGUGGGCAUAUCUGCGGAUCGAGCUUUAGAGGGCGAAGUAUGGCUAUCGUCUCAAAACAGAAACUUUGAGAACCGUAUGGGCCAAGGUUCCAUUGGAAAUCUCGCUUCCGCUGCUACAGUAGCAGCAUCUUCAUUUUUGAUGGCAGUGACAAAUCCACAACAUUUCAUUGACCAAAUCCCAGCAGAAAGGUGGGAAAUGAUGACUGGCCGUGGGUCAUUGAAAGGAAUAUCAUCAGGACAAGAGCCAAAUUGGGUCGAACCAGCAAGUCCAGGAGAAGCGGCCACGAACGAGGGUGGAACAGAAACAAAUGAGAGUGUAAAAAACGAUGGAAAUGCAGAUACAAUAAUUCGCGGGAAAGUUCAGAGGCUUGGAGAUUUUGUCGACACAGAUGCCCUGGCACCGGCCCAAUUCCUCAUCUCGUCUCGGACCAAUGAAGAAAUGGGAGCUCACUGUCUUGAAUUUACAAAUCCUGCCUUCCGAUCUCGAGCCAAAGAAGGCUUUAACGUCGUAGUGGCGGGGAAAGCAUUUGGCUGUGGCUCUUCACGAGAGCAGGCCGUAUCUGCCCUACUUGGAUGCGGUAUCAAAUGUGUCAUUGCAGAGUCCUUCGCCUUUAUCUAUGGCCGCAAUCAGCCCAGCCUCGGUCUUCUAGGCUUUACCAUGGACGACCCGGCUUUUUACAAAGCUGCUGCAGACGGCGAAGAAAUCAGCAUUGAUCUGGAAACCAAUAGCCUUACUGUUGGAGAACAAAAUUUUUCUUUUAGUUUAUCUGCAAUGGAGAGGGAGUUGGUGGAAGCAGGCGGUAUUACUCCUGCCUUCAAGAAGUUUGGCAAACAGCUCUUUGACAUGAUCUGCGGCAGCACCAAAGAUGCCAGGAGAGCAGUGGAAGUUAGUGGUCAAGCAGCCAAUAUGCAAUGGUAGAUUGGAGUGAAGACACAUUCAACUAUUUUCUAUACAUUUUCAUUUACACCUUGUAUUCAAUCAAUUUACUGCUCGCGAAUGAC